GAAAACACGAGGGAUACUUUUGGAGUUAAUUUUUUUUUUUCUUUAAAAGUAAGCCAGUUUACCUGGGUUAAACACUCAUAUGAGCUUUUUUUUUAAGUGGUUGAACGGAUGACUUAAAUAAAGUAGCGAAAAAUCAAAUAAAUUAACCAAGCUGCUACUUUCUAGCACACCUCCAUAGCUAACAGCUAACUCCUCCAAACGUAUUUAAUUCGAUUUAAUCAGUAGCCAGCGAUUAUUUCAGACGAAUAAUGUAAACUAUAAUAAGCCAGGAUAGUAAGAAUAACGUUAAUUGUGCUUGUGGUUUGAAUUUAAGCAUGUAUGGCAUGAGCACUGAAGCGCCCGAGAAAGCCGGUGACGAAGGCCCGAGCUCCGGAGGAGGCGCGGGGAGCGGCGGGGGUUCGCGCUUUGACCUGGAGAAGGAGACCGAGUUGCGGUUUGAGGUCGAGGCCGGAGAGCGGGUGCAGCUCGAACUGCUGUCCGGUUUGGCCGAGGUGUUCGGGUCCGAACUGAACCGGAACAAGAAGUACACAUUCGGGCCUGGUUCGAAGAUCGCUGUGUUCACAUGGCAGGGAUGCAGCCUGUCACUCAGCGGCAAGACCGAGGUGGCUUAUGUCUCCAAAGACACGCCUAUGCUGUUGUAUCUGAACACACACGCUGCAUUGGAGCAAAUGAGACGGCAGGCUGAGAGGGAAAACGAGAGAGGGCCGAGGGUCAUGGUGGUGGGGCCGACCGACGUGGGGAAAUCCACAGUAAGUCGUCUGCUGCUGAACUACGCCGUGAGGCUGGGCAGGAGGCCCACGCUUGUGGAGCUGGACGUCGGCCAAAGCAGCGUUUCUGUUCCAGGGACAAUGUCAGCGUUGUACAUUGAGCGUCCAGCAGAUGUCGAGGAAGGCUUCUCCGUCCAGGCUCCUCUAGUCUUCCACUUUGGCUCCACGACACCAGGGACCAAUAUCAAACUCUAUAACAAGCUGACGUCCUGCCUAGCGGAGGUGUUCUCACAGCGCUGUGAGGUGAACCGGAAAGCCAGCGUAGGAGGAUGCAUCAUCAACACGUGCGGCUGGGUGAAGGGUUCAGGAUACCAGGCGCUGGUCCACUGCGCUUCAGCGUUCCAGGUGGACGUGGUGCUGGUCCUCGAUCAGGAACGCCUGUACAACGAGCUCAAACGGGAUCUGCCACACUUUGUCCGCGUGGUGCUGCUACCCAAGUCCGGCGGUGUGGUAGAACGCUCCAAAGACUGCAGACGGGAGACACGUGACGAUAAGAUCCGCGAGUAUUUCUAUGGUUUCCGCAGCACCUCGUUCUACCCACAUGCUUUCGACGUGCGCUUCUCGGAUGUGCGCAUCUACAAGAUCGGAGCGCCCUCCAUUCCGGACUCGUGUCUGCCACUGGGCAUGUCGCAGGAUGACACGCAGCUGAAGCUGGUGCCAGUGAGCCCAGGGCGUGACCUGACCCACCACGUGCUGAGCGUUAGCUGCGUGGAGGACGACGCCGAGGCAGGGGAGAGCCGCAGCAGGGGGAUUUUAGAGAGUCCGGUUUGUGGCUUCAUCGUGGUUACGGCUGUGGACACUCAGGCUCAGGUGAUGACCGUACUCGCUCCAGCACCCAGACCGCUGCCUCGACACACACUCCUCAUCAUGGACAUUCGCUUCAUAGACCUCAAAUGAAGAAGUGGAGGGAAGGGUGGGGACGAGCGG